GGCUAGUGCUUCCGGUAUAUGAGGGAGAGUUUAAUGAAAAAUGUCGCUGGCUAAUUCCCUUCCGUACCAACAGGUGGCAGUAACUGAACGAGUCAACUCUUCAAAAGACAGGCAACUCGUUUCUAAACGGCGUGUGAGAUAGAUUUCCUUCCACACAGGAACAAUGGCAGCCUCCAAUACCAAUGUGAUACGGGUGCGAUUGUAUUUUGAUUACCCGCCGCCCUCGGUAUCCGACUGUCGCAUGUGCUGGGUGCUCGUCGAUCUGAACAAAUGCCGGGUGGUAGCAGACAUAGCCAGCGUAAUCAGGGAAAAGUUCGACUUCAGUCGCAGGAGCAUUUUGAGUCUGUUCAUUGAAGACUGCUACCUGCCGCACACAGAGAGCAUCUACGUAGUCCGAGACAACGACAGCAUCAGAGUGAAGGUGGACACCCUAACCCGUUCGAAUGGAAGUCAGUCGAACACAUCUGUUGUGAACGCCAAGAAGAAGAAGAGGAGGAGAGAUGCCGAGGAGGAGGAGCCCACACAGAACAGAGUGAGUGAAGAGUGGAAGAAAAAGAAGAAGAAGAAGAAGAACGAGGAGAGUCAGGAGGCCGAUAACAACCAGGCUGCGGUUGAAGAGAGGAGGAAAGAAGACAAGAAGAAACAGAAGAAGAAAGAUAAGGUGGCGACCAAAACCACUGCCUCGUCCACAGGACCCCCUCCCACCUCGUCUACAGGACCCCCUCCCACCUCGUCCACAGGACCCUCUCCCACCGUAGUCAAAGCGGACAAAAACACCAAGAAGGCUCCGGCGGCCACAGCAGUAUCUGUUAACGGUAAAGCCACAGCAAAGACUCCGACUAGGGAAGCGGACGACUCUUCUGAUCCCAGUGAAAGCAGUAGUGAGGAGGAGGCCCCCAGUAAAACCCUCAUGCAGAAACUACCCCCCAAAUCCCACUCUGCUAGCUCUACACCCCCUGUCACAUCUAAAGCCCCCCCUGUAGUUAAACCCCCAGCCCUCAUUAAGAAACCACGCCCACCUCCCUCGUCAUCCGAUUCGGACUCCUCAGACUCAUCGGGUGACGAUGCAUCUAGCAAAGCCACCACAGGCAAACCUCCCGUUAAAAACCAAACUCCUCUAUCCAAACCUGCUGCCACUCCUCCUACCACUAUAACCACAGGCUCAGGAGCUGGUCCUAGGGACAAAACCAGCCCCUCCAAGCCCAGACCCAGCCUCCCUUCCUCAGGUCCCAGGACCUCUGUAUCCCCUGGCCAGAGAGCUAAUGCUCCAGGGCCAGGCUCUACCCCAGCAGGGCAGAAGGCCCACAGGAGGCCUGAGAGCCCAGGCUCUAGUAGUAGUAGUAGUAGUGAGGAGGAGAUCCAGCUGGUUAUCAAACAACCGGGGAUGAGGGUGGGGAUGGGGAUAGUCCCUGCUAUGGCAGCAGAACCCACCUGGAGAGGCCGAGGCAGGGGAAGCCCUAGGGAUGUGGAGAGAGGUGGGGGUAGAGGGGAGUGGGACAGGGGUCCUCGUGGUGGGGGUAGAGGUGGGGAGUGGGACAGGGGUCCUCGUGGGGGUCGAGGUGGGGAGUGGGACAGGGGUCCUCAUGGUGGGGGUAGAGGUGGGGAGUGGGACAGGGGUCCUCGUGGGGGUAGAGGUGGGGAGUGGGACAGGGGAGAUAAUGCAGGGUUUUAUUUCAACUAUGAAGGUGGACAGCGACAGCAGACUCAUCAGCAGCCCCCGCCGUACCAGAACGACUCCCUGAUUAACAGCUCUGUGGUGUUCCAGAACCAAUCAGAGAGUGUUCCCAAGAGGGACUACAGUGAGAUGCCUCUCCUAGCUGCUCCCCCUCAGGACGGACAGAAGAUCGCCUUCAAGCUGCUGGAGCUGACAGAGAACUACACGCCAGAGGUGUCUGAGUAUAAAGAGGGGAAAAUCAUUCAUUUUGACCACAGCACCAAACAGAUUGAGCUAGAACUGCUCUCUGCUUAUCAAGCCCCGGUGGAGCCGGGGAAGUUUGACCUGGUGUAUCAGAACGCUGACGGGUCAGAGAGUGUGGAGUACGCCGUGUCCCGGGGCUCCAGGGUGACUGAACGUUGGGACUCGCUGCUGGAACCCAGGCUAGUUGUUGGGAAUUUGAGCUGAGGAACAAGAUGGACGUUCUUGGUCGACUUGGCCCAGGCAUUUCUAAAACACUGCCCCCCCCCC